GUAGCUCACAGUCCAUACAUGGAAACCAAGUGAAACCCAGGGAAAGGGAUAACGUUACAUGUUUAGUAUAGAUUCAAAGACAGGAAUGUCAAUAAUGCCGACACUUGUGUGUUCUCCUACUGCUUAUUUCAAGAGAAAUUCUUGUCGACCAAACACUGUUGCUGCUCAUAGCUCCUCUCUCCAUCAUGCAGCCAAGCAUACUGUUGAUACAUAUAUAGAAAGUGGCAUGGUUAUUGGAUUAGGGUCUGGACAUGCUUCUGCUAUGGCUAUACAGUACUUGGGUCGGCAGUUUCGUGCUGGUGCUUUAAGAGAUAUAGUAGGCAUUCCCAUGUCAACAAUAAGUGCAAGUGAAGCUGCAAAAGCAGGCAUUCCAUUAGAUCAAUACCGAGAUGGUUCUCAGAUCGAUUUUGCAUUUGAUGAUGCUGAUCUUCUAGAAGAACAAACGCUACUUGCAGUCAUUGGUCGCGAAAAUCAACAAGGCGUGGAGUCGAUCAUUCAAGAGAAGUCAAUUCUGAAUGCAGCCAAUCGGCAUGUUUUCAUGAUCACAGAAAAGCAGUAUAAAAGCGGUCUAGAUGGUUCCAUACCAGUUCUAAUUCAAUCUCUGGGCUGGAUGGAAAUUGCUGAACAGAUUGAUGAUCUAUUUAUAGGUGAUGCAGAGGUAUGGAGAAGAUCGUCUAUCGGGCAACUAGCAGGUCCAUUAGGGGGUGACUUCCCUCUCGUUACCGGAGAAGGUUACAAUGUGCUUGAUGUCAUCUUCACGUCGCCAAUAAAAAGUCUUGCUGAAGUCGCUGAAAGCCUUGAUAAAGUUGAGGGGGUCGUUGAUCAUGGAAUCAUUUGCAAGUGGCCAUGCACGGCAGUUAUUGUUUCUGAUAGUGGGCUUUCCAUAGUCAGUAAUCCCUCAACUGACACGAAGAAAGGUUUCUCUUGACCUGCAAAUGAUGCGGCAGGUAUACUUCUGUUGAGCACAAUCUCUGGCGGUGAUUCGAUUGGAAGAUUAUUCCAAAAUAUCGUGGAUUGCAGCCAACUCACUUCUUUGCAGUCUUCUUGUGUUAAACCCAGUUCAGGGAAGUUCGUGUUCAUCAAGGUAAGAAUCUUGCUACUCUCUCCUAAGAAUAGACCGAUAAAUGAUACUCUUACGGUCUUCUUUUGAGUCUCAUUUUUUGGCUUUUGAACUUCUGGUUGUGCUCUGAUGUAGAGCUUUUUCUCUAGUUUAGUAGCAAUAUGUUGCCAUUUGUAAACUAUAUCCGUCGCACCUUGUUCCAAUGUUCUCGGCACCGAAAAUACAGUUACUUUCGCCGGAACCCUAACUAAUUUGAUCUUCCACGAGAGAAUGACUCCGAAACUUCCUCCACCUCCUCCUCUAAUGGCCCAAAACAAAUCCUCUCCCAUGGAUUUUCUGUCAAGUAUAUUUCCAUUGACAUCCACUAUAUGUGCAUCAAUUAUGUUAUCCACUGAAAGGCCGUAUUUUCUCAUCAUUGUACCAUACCCUCCGCCGCUAAAAUGUCCACCGACGCCGAGAGUAAGGCAAACUCCGGCAGGAAAAGCGUGGACUUUGCUUUUCUUGGCGAUCUCGUAAUAAAGUUCACCAAGAAUUGCUCCGGCUUGAACCGAAGCAGUCUCUGAGUCGAUAUCUAUAUCGAUAGAUCGGAGAUUGAACAUGUCAAGAAUGAUAAAGGGAACAUCUGACGUAUACGAAAGCCCUUCAAAAUCAUGGCCCCCGCUUCGGAUUCUGAUCUGCAUACCGUGUAACUUGGCGCAAAUAACAGUUGCUUGAACAUGGGAUUCAUGCUGUGCUGCUAUUAUAGCAAGUGGUUUCGUUGUCGAAGGAGUUAAAAAUCUGCGGUUCUUGAUGUAAGCUUGUAAAACAGAUCGAAAAGACGAGUUGGCGGGUGUAUAAAUGGAUUCAAGAAUUGGUUUAGAUGGUUCAACAUGAUUUGCAAGACACUUAAGAACGUUGUCGAGUACUUCAUCAGAAGUUGCUAGUGAUGAAAAUAGCAACACAACUAGUAUUACAAAUACUGUCUGCGUUGGAGACAUUUUCAAAGUGAAUUUUAAUAAAUGCCUGAUACUAUAAGUAGUUGAUUUCAA